AUGGUACUGCACAUUAUGGUGACUCCAUUGAUGCUUCAUUUACAGCCAGCAGCACCUGCAGUAGCUGGUGUUUCAAUGAGUAUCAUAUUGGUGUUCAAGUUGUUGUUGGGUUUCAGAUUCUUUAGACAUGAAGCACUUUAUCAAUCGAGGUUGUUUCUUUUUCGAUUAGGUCAAAUAGUUUUCAAUAGUGAACCUCAAGUUUCCUAUUUAGCAAGAAUGGAGCGUGCUUUAAGAUUAAUCUUUCCAAUAUAUUCUACUGUCACCACUUCUGAUUCAACUUUCUCACAGUCAGAUCAUGCGUUGCAAAAUGAACAGGUGGAAAUGUUUCACUCGCUUUCAAUGAUGGCGCUUUGAUCAUGUGAUUGAACUUGGUGUUUAUUGUGUGUAGUUGUUUGAUUUGCUUGUUUAUGUAUAGUUCGAUCUGUGUGAUGAGAAAUUUGUUAUAGCAAAAAGGAAAUCACUGUAUUGAUAAUGAAUUGGUUUUGCAUCUCAGUUCAUGUUGGAUACGAUGGUGACUGUUUGGUUUGAUAAUCACCACUAUCGGCUAACGAUGUGCGCUGGUCUCUUUUGCUCGGUCACCUAACUAUCUUAUUCAAUGAAAAUCUCAUCUUU